AUGGAGCGUCAGGGAUGCAGGUUUGGUAGUAGUGAUGGGGCGGGACGGUUUCUGCUCAGUUUGGAAGACCUAAACUCAGUGACGGAAGACGAGAACUUGGAUUUGGCAAGUAGUGACAACGGCAAUAAUGACAACAGCGAACAUGAGAUUGAGCAAGAAGAGGACCAUCUCCUCGGGUACUGGCAAAACAUCGGCCGUGGGCAUCAGGUGGUUGUGCCAAGAGACAUGGCUGAACCAAUUCAACAGAUGUCAAGAAAUAACCGAUCUCAUGACAGGGAACUGGUUCCAUUUAAGACUACAGGUCAUAAAAGGAAGGCUGAAGAACUACUUUAUGAAAAACGUCAAUAUGAGAAAGCAAAAUGGGCUUGUGUAAAACAGAAUGAAUCAAGCUAUGAGCAGAGCACAUGCCUCGGAUUUAUGAAAUUAAUGAAAUACAUCUGCCAACAAAACUCAGCAGGUCUCUUCCUAGGAAUGACACUGCCUGUCGUUACCAUCGUGCACACCAACCAGACCAGAACAGAGCUCCAGCCUGAAGUAACCAUAGCUUACUACCUGCCAGCGCAAUUUCAAAAUCAGACACCUCAACCUUUUGAUGCUGAAAUUGCAAUAGAGGAGUGGCCUGCUCACACUGUAUACACUAGACCCUUUAACGGCAACACCACUGAAGAGUCAAUUCUCCAACAGAUUAACCAAUUAGGACAGCACCUAGACACUUCUGAGCAGUUCCUGCAUGAUACCUUCAUCGUUGCUGUUUAUAACAAUCCUGCUGCUCCAAAUCGACACAACGAAAUUUGGUUUCUUCAUAGCCCUUGA